UUGAGACGAACCAAGCCUCGGCACAGAGUUUCUGAAGCAGUGUUGAUUGUUUUGACACAUGCGCCAGAGUUUCAGCUUCAAACGGACCAUCACUACUUUAAGCUAAACUUUUCUACUUUUUGUUCAUUUUUUCUUGGUGAGCCCGAAAGACCACUUGCUGCAGUAGAGUAGUCGGUCUGUGAACAUGGAGACAGUCAGCAUCUUACUGAUUGUCCUGUUUGUUUCAGGUGCUUUGGCUGAUUAUCAUGACUGGAUAAAACUCUUCAUAACUGCCCCAAAGCAGCUGGAAGCACUGAGUGGAUCUUGUUUGCAAAUCCCAUGUAACUUCAGACCCAAAGAUGAACAGAAAUUUAACAGAGCAAGAAAAAUCUUUGGAGUAUGGAUUAAAAAUAAUGUUGACUUUGGCAAAUAUCCAAACAAUGUGAUCUUCAACAGUAGUGGAGCAGUUAGCAUCUAUCCAAUGAGUAUUACUGGGAACCUGAGUCUGAGAGACUGCACCACUCUGUUUUCUGAUUUAACCACCACAUACACAGACACAUACUUCUUCAGAGUAGAGAGAGAAACAUUCAAGGCGACAGCUCAACAUGAUCCUCUUCAAAUAACAGUCAGAGAUUCUCCUUGGAGGCCCAAUAUUACAAUCCCAGGUGAUCUGAAGGAGAAGGAGUCUGUCACUAUAACCUGCUCAGCUCUCACUCCCUGUCCACACUCCCCUCCUCAACUCACCUGGAAUCUCCAACAAGACUCUCACAACAAAAUAGAGGAAAACACAGAUGGAAGCUUUACAACUAAAAUCCAGCAGACCAUCACUCUGUCAGACACACAUGAUGGAAAGAAGAUCAGCUGCUCUGCCAGAUAUCCUGUGAACCAAGGAAAAGACACCAAGACAGCAGAGACAGAAGAGACUCUCAGUGUUUCAUAUGUUCCUAAAAACACCUCAGCAUCCAUCAGUCCAUCAGGUUUGGUGUUAGCAGGCAGCUGGGUGAAGCUGACCUGCUCCAGCAGAGCCAAACCUCCAGUCAGCAGCUUCACCUGGUUCAAGAAGAGCAGAGAUGGAGCUGUGAAAGUAUCUGAAGGAGAGAUUUACAGCUUCAAUGUAACAGAUGGAGGAGUUUAUUACUGUGUGGCCACUAAUGAUCUGGGUAAUCAGACAUCAGCAGAGAUUCAUGUGGCUGUUGGAGGAGAGCAGAAUGGUCACUCAUUCACACUGGGCCUACUUCUUGGAGGAAUCUCUGGGGUCAUCUUACUCAUUUCUCUAAUAAUCGUUCUUUGGUGGUUAAAGUCAACGCGUCAAACUUAACAGACACAGAUUCAGUCACCUUAAGACUUGGUUGUUGAAGGCCCAGCAAAUAACACAGAAACAGAGGAAGAAAACAUCCAUCCAUGCACAACAUUCAUAUAUAUAUAUAUAUAUAUAUAUAUAUAUUCAUGUAUGCACUGGGAACAACUUGGUGUUCAGCGUAUUUUUUAAGGAUAUUUCAGCAUUUGGAAUAGUCAGCAAUCAGUACACCGACCUUGAGUUGGUAGAUCAACCACUCCUCCACCUGAGCAAAUCUAUCAUACUUUACAUGACAGCAGAGACAAAGAAGAACCUCCUCAUACUGUAGCUCUUUUUUAUUGUGAUUAUCUUAGUUAUUUUCAUGGUCACACAAUAUUUGCAUGAUGGUGUGCUCUUCUAUGAUUUGUUAUUUAUAGAGCAGACAUGUUGAAAUGAAAAGCGCUAUUAAUAGGAAACUAGCCAAAAUUCAUGUAGAGAUGCUAGCAUAAAAACACAUCUACAAACAUUAAAUUUAUUAAAUAAGAUAUUUAUUUCAAUUUAGAAGGGUUUCUCUGAGAUAUGAUGACAGGGGUAUUGCUCCAUACUGUGUCUGAUAUGAAAUACAGACUUUGCAAGCAUAGUAAGGUUUUGAAAGUGAAAGAGAUCAUAUUUAUGAGUUUAAAGUUGAAAGAAGAUUUUGAGCUCAAUCUAGCUCGAAGGACCAAGCUGUCUGAAUAAAAUUAACAAAAAUCAGCAACAGUCAAGAACUAGAGCAUUUAUUCUUCCAAGGGAGCAAAAGCAUCAAAUAUAAAGUGUCAUGCAAGGGCUCAAAGGGGGAAGUUCUCUGUGAGCUUUUUAUUACAUUUGGACCACCUUUUGCCUUUAAACUGUCCCACAGUGUAGCAUUUUUCCUUCUACAGGCUUUUCACACAAUGACAGUUAUGAGUGUGUGUACUAUAAUGAGCAGAUAACAUUGUUUUGCAGUACUUUUAGGUACUAUGUGUACUGAGUGUAUCCUUGACUAUUAUACAGCUCACACUUAUUAGGACGUUGCAUAAUAUAUUUUUCUUUAACUGUACUAGACAGAAUUUCUUGCAAAGUCAUUUAUGCUAAUGUAAUAUGCUAAUGGUCCCACAUAUAACAGUUGGCACCCCCCUGAAUCUGGUUUUUACUCUUGGCUUAUCUAAAAACUUACAUUAGUGGUACAUUAGUGGACCAUGUAAUCAACCAUGGAAUGACCCUGAGGGAAGCUGGCCAACGAGUUCAGGCUAACUUGAGCCGCUACACUGUAGCAAGCAUCAUAAGGACAUUUCGAAAUGAGAAUCGAAUUGCUAGACGACCAGAUGCUGGGGGCAGAGGAAGAAUGUUCACUGCAGACCAAGAAACCCAUAUAGUCAAUAUGGUGAUUGUAAAUAAUUCCAUAAGGCUACGCGAAAUUCAGCAGCGCAUAAUUGAGGAUGACACCACCUUCCAAAACAUACAAAAUGUGAGCAUUUCUGUAUUAGGUCGUGUACUUGCCCGCAACAGAAUCCGAAUGAAACAAAUCUACAGAGUACCUUUUGAAAGAAACAGUGAGCGUGUAAAACAGCUGCGAUAUGACUAUGUGCAGAGAGUGAUGGAGCUAGAGGCAGAUGGGUCAUGAGCAGAUUUUUGUGGAUGAAGCUGGUUUUCACCUCACAAAGACAAGGAGACGUGGCAGGAACAUUAUUGGACACCGUGCCAUAAUCAACGUCCCAGGACAACGCGGUGGUAACAUAACUAUGUGUGCAGCUAUACGUCAAAAUGGUGGUGUUCACCAUCAUGCAACCCUGGGCCCAUAUAACACUGCACAUAUUAUUACAUUCCUGGACACCUUACAUGACAUGCUCACUAGUGUUCAGAGACCAGAGCAGACCAGUCAUCAUAUGGAACAAUGUUAGUUUCCAUAGGGCUGCUUUGGUCCGCAACUGGUUUACAGAUCACCCACUCUUCACUGUACUCAACCUCCCCCCAUACUCUCCAUUCUUGAACCCAAUUGAAGAGUUCUUCUCUGCCUGGCGCUGGAAGGUCUAUGACCGUCAUCCCCAUCAACGCAUAGCCCUUUUACAGGCAAUGGAGGAGGCAUGUGGGGAUAUUGACCAGGCAUCAUGUCAGGCCUGGAUACGCCAUUCCAGAAGAUAUUUUCCCCGGUGCCUUGGACUAGAGGACAUUGCAUGUGAUGUAGACGAAAUUUUGUGGCCGGACCCAGAGAGACGACACGAUGUAGACAGAUUUCUUUUUUUUCCUCAGUGAAAUUACUAUUUUGUUUGGACUUUGAAAUAAACACUUGUGUUUGUUUUGAUGUGUGUAAAUAAACACCAGUACUUGAAGUUUGGAUCCCUCCAUGUUUACAGACCUAUGACAAAAGUAUGAGCUCAAACUGACAUAGCCUACUUGGUGCACAGAGAAAGCAAAAGCCAGAUGUGUUUUUUAUUCAUACCAUCAGUGUGUAGUUGGUGCAUUGUGUGCUUAUUAAUGUGAUGCCUUGUGUUAACUGUUUGAUACGAAAAAAACAUUUUUACAAAGGUGUGGAGAGUUAAGCAAAGGUUAUUCGCUUUUACAAGGAAAUUACAAUGUUUUGUUGAUUUUUGUGAAGGGUUUUCUUAUUUGUGUGUAGAGUUCUGCAUAAAUAGCCAAUAGUUACAAAAAAUGUGCUUAAGCCAUCAGAAAAAACUGUAAGUGCCAUAGGAAAGUGUCAUUGUCUCCGCCUCUGACGGGGUGUCCAUCUGGAGCUGGGCAAGUUAUUUUUUUAAUUUACUUUAUGAAAAAUGAAGAAGUACACCAGUAUUUUUGAACUCAUGAACUGAUUUUUAUCAGCAAUACCUGGUCCUCACCACAACCAGACAGUCAGCACGAACGUGUGAUUUACAGAAUAUAGAAUCUAUAGAAUCUCAGAUAUCUAUUAUCAAGUAUAUUAGAAGUAAUAUUUUACCGUUCUUAAGCCAGGAAGGCGGACAGAUAGCACAAACAGUAUGUUUUAGUCUGAUCGAUUUAGUCUUUAGUCCUGUCUUCCAAUGCUCACUCCCAACCCAUGAGAUUGCCACCCCUCCCUGAGCCCGGUGCUCCUGGAGGUGUCUCCCUGUUAAAAGGUAGAACUGUUGCCAAGUGCUUGCUUACAGGGCAUUGUCUCUCUAUUAUUGUAGGGGCUUUACCUUAGAAUAUAAAGCUGUUGUUGUGACUUGGUGCUAUAUAAUUAAAAUUGAACUGAAA